CGGUGAACAGAAAGCACACAGCAUGAGACGAGGACACGAAGGGAACUAACUGCCUAAAGGAUUUACAUGUUUUCCAAAGUGCUGGAUUAUAACUUCCCUGGAAAAGUAUUUAGUGAGUGGUGGUAUGCUGGCUGACUCGUUUCGAACAGAGUUUAUGGCCCAAGGCAUUUCUACAACAGAACCGCUUCCAAAAACAAGUGUACUUCUUGAGAAAACUUGAAAACUUUCCUUACCCUCGCUUACGACAGGCGCAGAAAUGGUUGGCACGAAACCCAAAGACAUGGUGCCCUCUGCGGCAGUUAAGUUCUUCGGAGCAGGCACGGCAGCCUGCAUUGCUGACCUUGUUACCUUUCCACUGGACACAGCCAAAGUUAGACUACAGAUUCAGGGAGAGUCUCAUAAACUUGAAGGUGGCAAUGCUCUUAAAUAUCGAGGAGUGUUUGGCACCAUUACCACCAUGGUGCGCACAGAGGGGCCCAGGAGUCUUUACAAUGGACUGGUGGCAGGACUCCAGAGGCAGAUGAGCUUCGCCUCAGUCCGAAUCGGUCUUUACGACUCCAUGAAGCAAUUCUACACUCGGGGAACUGAGAAUGCUGGGAUUGUCACUCGGCUCAUGGCGGGCUGCACCACAGGAGCCAUGGCGGUGGCUUUUGCACAGCCAACAGAUGUGGUGAAGGUGCGCUUCCAAGCCCAGGUACGACUGGCUGAUGGUGGAAGGAGGUAUAACAGCACCCUGGACGCCUAUAAGACGAUUGCCCGAGAUGAGGGAGUGCGAGGACUUUGGAGAGGUUGUAUGCCCAACAUCACCCGUAAUGCCAUCGUGAACUGUGCAGAGCUGGUGACCUACGACAUGAUCAAAGAACUCAUCCUGAAGUAUGACCUAAUGACAGACAACCUGCCGUGCCACUUCACCGCCGCCUUCGGUGCAGGCUUCUGCACAACAGUAGUGGCUUCUCCUGUGGAUGUAGUCAAAACACGGUUCAUGAAUUCAGGCUCUGGACAGUACAGCAGCGCUAUCAACUGUGCUCUCACCAUGGUGAGACAAGAAGGACCCACAGCUUUUUAUAAAGGGUUCAUGCCUUCUUUCCUGCGACUGGGGUCCUGGAACAUUGUGAUGUUUGUGACAUAUGAACAGAUCAAAAGAGGCAUGACCAGGGCACAACAGUACUGGGAAUCGCCGUUUUGACCUCAUCGUUUGUGAGACUGGACAGCACAGAUACUGCGGUUCUGUGCUAUCACGUUCACCAUGAUUCAGUGGUAAUCGGGGCUGCAUGAAGCAGGUUUCGGCAGGAAGCUGCAGCCGUUUGACUUCUUGAAUAAAGACGGACUCAGGGGGGCAUUGAUGCAAUACCAGAAGUGAUUUAAGGAUUCAAGUAUAAAAAGACAUUUUAUGAUAUUUAUUUAGAUUAUUUAUAAAAUGCUCAUUCAGGUGUAAAAAGACAUGUGAAUUCCAGAUUUUCUCCUAUUCACAUAUAUACUGAAACCUUGAUCAGCUGGCUGUUUCAUGUUUACAAGAAUGAACUGUGAGGUAAUAUGAAUAAUUUUAUGACAUAAAUGUAUUUCUUAUUCAGUGUUUGUUUUCCAGGAGAGCAACAGACAGAUUGAGUCUGGCAACACAGACCUGAACAGUGACCAUUACUAUGUUUCUGUAUCACGUAUUGUUUACAAUGUUUACGCUUGUUUAUGCAUGUUUAUACUGUAGGUUAUUCUAUGUACUGCUUAUUGUAAUAGCAUGAUCUAUUGCUGGUCGAUAAGUCAUAAAUAUGUUACGCACAAUGUUAAAUGAUGCCAAAAUAAAUACAUUAAGUAUCUUUUUUUUUAAUUAUUAUUCAAUUUCUGUUAGUUGUGUUGACUGUUUAACACUGGCUUACAGUUCAAAUAGUGUGAUUAAACAGAGAAAAGACAAUA